ACACUCCGAUAGUGGCAAGUAGCAACCACCCUCACCAACAAAGCGUCCUCCUCACCAGCCACCUGACCGGCGACCUAAGACCCCAUUACAUAUGACCUCUCCUCUACCCAACACCAGCUCGAUCGAUCUCACUCUCGCAUCACCGAUCAUGAGCUACCUCCUCUCCUACAUCUCCAAGAUGCUCUGCAUCAAGACACCGUCGUCGGAGGAGGCCAAGCACCCGGCGGCCGGCGAGGAGUGCUGCGUCUGCCUGUCGAGGAUCCGCGCCGGCGAGGCCACGCGGCGGCUGCCGUGCGAGCACUCCUUCCACCGGGACUGCGUCGACCGGUGGCUCGCGCUCUGCAAGCGGACGUGCCCGCUCUGCCGGGUGUACGUCGCCGACGGCAACGGCAGGCAAGCCGCGGCCAAGCACGCCGGCGAGGGGGCCCUGGCCGACGACCUCGUGAUCUGGUUCUCCACCAUGCUCGUCCCAGGAUUCUGAGACAGAGAUCAACGAUGAUGUUUCUAUCUUGCUCUUCGCACCUCCUCGUGUUUUCUCCUUUGAAAUGAAUGAUGACGGCGCAUGGCACAUGUAGCUAGGGUUGUAGGUAGCAAACGUUUUCAACCAUGAUGGGUUCUUGCAAGUUUUGUAUUUGACGUUUAUCCCUCUACGAAAGUGGGUGUAAAUAAGAAGCACGAUCGACCUUCGACUGA